GAGGAUUCAAAGCAGGGUUUAGGAUCAGUGGAGACAGGUCAGAGUGAAGAUUGCAGACAUCUGUGAGUUCCGGCGUAUCUUCUUAUCCAUCUUUAGAUUCAAGCCAGAAGAAGCUAUGAAGUCGUUCAAUAUAAAUGGAACUACUCUUUCUAUUGCACUCUACACUGAUGUAACUAAUUCAAAAGAACUCUUGGAAAGUAUGCAAACCGGGACUCUGGAGCCAGAAGUUGCAUUCCUCAAUGCUUUACUUAUUCCAAAUAUUUUCCCUGUCCUAGCGGCUGCUCACAAGACACUUGUAGCCAAGUCACGAGACUCAUUGACCACACGCACUCCUCAUUCGGAGCUCGUUUACAACUACUCAGGGUCCAAGCAUAUUACUGAAUCUUUGAAAAGAUGUGGCAUCUCAGACAGCACAACUUAUAUCCUUGCUGCUCGAUUUGAUGCUUCUCCUGAUGAGAUACAAGCUAUAGAGAAGCUCAUCAAUGGAAAAGAGAUUGACCUGGAGGAGCUAGAAGGGAGAGCAAACCAAUCCCAGAUACAAAAGCAUUACAAGAUAUCUGCAUCGGAACUUGGAGUAUCAUCACUUGCUGAUGCAAUAGUUUGCCGAAUAGCUGCUCGUGAUGCCUUGUGAGAAGAAUGAAUGUGAUCUGUUGUAUACUACCGGUUUCCCUAUCUCUCCUUGAUCGACUUUAGAACAUGUCAAGAAAUUCUUAAAGAAAGUUUUAGGCUUGCAUUAUAUAUACUUUAGCAUUCAUGUGUGAUAAUUAUGAAUUGUUUUUUCAAUUGUCAUUCUUACUGCAUUGACAUUUGUUGCGGAAAAUCUGAAAGUUAGGUGGUCAGUUUGAUAUGGUCGUGAA